UGACCUUGGCGCGAGCGCAUCGCGCGAGCUUGAUCGCUGCGUUUGAUUCCAGGGGAUCCAGCAGCUUCGAAGGGACGGUCUCUCGACGCUUCACUCCUACGCUCGGUCCGAAUUCCAGCGAGACCCGUAUCGAAGAGUGUCGUGGAGACCGCGAUUGCACUAGAGGUUCGGACGAGUGGAAGACCCUGGAUCCCUCGUCUCGCGGUGCAAGGCCUCACUCGGCGUUCGAGCAUCGCGUCUCCUAGUGCUCGACCCCGGCCGCGCCAUGACGGGGGUGUUCGGCGACACGCUAGCCAUGGCACUGGUGGCCAUCGGCGCCGUGCUCAUCGCGCUCCUCAUCUGGCUGCUGAUGCGCAAGUACAACCGCGAGUACCCCAGGGAAGGCGAUCCGUGGAGGAUAGCCACGCCGGCCAGUGUGAGUCCAGAGACGACGGUAACUGUGUUCGGCCCGUGCAAACAACCGAACGAAUACCCCAGCGUCAGCGGCAUGGAAAUCACCAAGCGAGCAUCCGGGGAACGGGACCCGAGACCGAAGGAAACCCCCGCGGUUUCUCCGGGCGAAAAACUGGCGUCAGCAGAGAAGCCAAAGGACAAGCCAAUGGGGAAGACGACCGACAAGAAAAAGGACAAGGCAGCGGACAAGCUCGCCGACAAGCAAGUGGCAGACAAGGAAGGAGUCGAGGCGAAGGCACAAGCUCUUAGUGGCAAAAAGUGUGAGGGCUCAUCUGCUGGCGUUGGAUCUUUGGAGCAAAACAAGGAGCAGCAGCCCAAAGGCGAGCAGCGCAAGAAGAAGCCCAAGAAGUCCGACCAGCGUUCGCCCACAAUUGUAGACUCCGGUUUCUCGAAGCGCAAGAGCAAGCAGCCUAAGCGAUCCAAACCAUCUGGGACGCAGCCGGAUGCUGCGAACGCGACCACGGACGCGGGGGUAGUUUCGCCGACAUCGCCAUCUGAAGGUGUCCCACAAGAGCCUACCAGCGAUACUACGUCGCCAGCAUUACUGCAGCAGCCGAGCCAAGCGGUAGCGCAAGCAUCCCGGCCUGGCACCAAGAGCCCGACUGUGGCGAUCGUAGACCACGGCGCGGCCUCGGACACCCACGACCUGGACGAUUCGACCCUCCAGAAGCUGCGCAAGGAAGUGAUGAUGCGUCGCGCCUCGCACGUGUCUACACGCUCAGCCCGGUCGCGUACUGCGGCUGAAUCCCCCAAGGUGCCGACCGAACUCGACAUUUUUUCGGAAGAACACUCGACCGCGAGCAUAGCCCGGGCAGCGGCGGUGAGAGAGAAGCAGUCGCACUCCGGGCACAAGCGCAAGCACAAGCGCAAGUCGUCGCCUUCGCGGCAGGCCUCAAACCUCGUCCCCGCCGACGUGGCGUUCUCGGGUUCCACGUCCGAAUGCACGUCGCCCCCACCGGGACCCGCAUCGCCGCCUGGGACGAGCGCCGGCGUGGCCCCCGCUUCGCAGGCCCGCGACUUGGACGAAUCGACCCUCGUGCAGCUGCGCCGGGACAUCUCCAUGCGCCGCGCAUCCCACGUGUCUCAGCACUCCCUGCGGCCCACACCGCGUGUGGCCAAGGUGCCGAGCGAUCUCGACAUCUUCUCGGACGAACACAUUUCGGCGAGUGUCCUCGAGACCACCUCGCCACCGGAGAAGUCGAAGACGGGCGGCGAGCACAAGCACAAGCAUAAGCACAAGCACAAGCCGGCCACUUCGACGUCGCGCCCGCAAGAGACUUCCGGUCCUCGGGGGGCCGAGACAGGGACCACCGCCGCGGGUGCUGCUUCACCGACCGGCGACUUGGACGAGUCGACUGUGGACCAGCUACGGCGGGACAUCUUCAAGCGCCGCGCAUCACACGUGUCUGUGCGCUCCCUACGUCACGUGGCCGAUGCGGCCAAGGUUCCGGCCAAGCUCGACAUCUUCUCGGAGCAACGCUUGUCGGAAAGCAAUGCCGCAGCCGGUUCGCCAGGCAAUGCGGACGCCAACCCUAAGGCCGGCGGCAUCAGGGUCAAGCUGUUGCCACUUUGUACCAUCCCCGACGCCUCCGGCGCAGGUCCCGCGUCAGAGACCGGCGAUCUGGACGAACAGACUGUGCAGCAGCUCCGGCAGGACCUGAUGAAGCGCCGUGCCUCGCACGUGUCUAUGCACUCGGUGCGUUCAUACCGUGCGCCGCCGAAAGGACCUGCCUCGCCGAAGGUGCCAACUGAGCUUGACAUCUUCUCGGAGCCACGCUCGUCGAUCGGCCCCAGUGACGAUCCAAAGCUGAAGAAAAAAAAUGAGGCGAUUUUUUCCGAGCAGCCGUCGCUGGAGUGACCACCACGGCCUCAUUUCGUCCACCGCUGCAGCGUCGUGCUCGCAUUUCGAUCGGUACAUUUUCCGGGACACCUGAGGAGCAAGCACGCGGCGUCCAAAGCGUUUUUUUUUUUCCUUCUACGCUUUCGCAACGCGAUCUUACGUAGCAUUCACGUCUUCACUGUAGUCGAUGGAAGCCGAGUUGAUCGUCGCUACUAUCGGCAUUUGCUAUUUGCGGCGAUCUAGACCGUAUGCUUUGCUAUUGCGCCAGACAGACAGACUGAGCUGUCGUUCAAUUUGCGAUUCCCCUGGAAUCGCUGCUUCUGCAGCCGUUCAAUGAUCACCGCUGGCUUACUUUAACCAAAUACAAUAAAACGUACUUGAAAUAUGAAACUUGUGUUUACGCGCUUGAUUACGGCCACCGUAACGUGCUCAGUAAAAGUGCUUGUCAUUGUGCUGGUUGGAUGAUCUGCGUAGUCUACAACACGUUUACUUUGUUUUUGCGCUAUAUUCAGCAACUUGAUUCCGGCACCUGUUUUUGAUGCAAUAAGAAACUGCAUGCCUGCCUCAUUCCCCGUGUGUGGCUGUGGACAAAAGGAGUCAACGAUGCUUAUUGUGCGCAGUGCGUGAAAAAAUAGCGUGAAAAAAUAGCUUGACGUACAUGCUUCUCUUCUUUUCCUUCAAGUAUAUUUGCUUAUUCUUGG